AUGUCCUAUAAUAUAUCGAAGUUCCCAUCCGAUGUUACUAGAUUAUUCAAGCCUAACCCGCCAUUACCAUACAAGAGGCCGUCUGAUUAUCCAGAGGAACAAAGAAGGACGAAUCCGAAUAUUACACCGGUUUCAAACUAUCUGGCCCAGCUCACUGAUUAUAUAAAUGAAUAUUCUGAUGGUACACCUAAUAAACAUUUGGAAGCAUAUGAAGAAAUAAGAACGAGUCAACUCCAAAAUCUGGAAUACUUACAUAAUGAAUUACAAAAAUGGGAUCCGAUGAAUGAUGUAAACUCACAAAAUACAGAUCCAUACAAGACAAUUUUUAUUGGUAGAUUACCUUACAAUGUGACAGAAAUAGAAUUGCAAAAGAUAUUCAUCAAAUUUGGAGAGAUUGAAAAGAUACGGAUCGUUAAAGAUAUAAAGACAGACAAACCAAAGGGAUACGGGUUUAUACUGUUUAACGAAGCCAAUGCUGCCAAAAUGGCCGUUAGAGAGAUUGGAACCCACAGAGGCAUAGAAAUCAAUGGAAGAUCGUGCAUUGUAGACAUUGAACGAGGAAGAAGUGUCAAAUAUUUCAAGCCUCGAAGACUGGGGGGUGGAUUGGGUGGUAGAGGAAGCUCUGAAAGAAGAACAAACAGAUUCAAAGAGCCUGGCAGAAAUACAAAAAUGGAUCACUACAAUCGUCCUCCAAGAUCACAUCACGGUAUAUCUACUGCUGUUCCAUUAUCAACACCAAGCAGAUAUCAGCAACCUAUUACGUAUCAUGACCAACCUCCGGUGACUAGUUACAGAUCAAGGACGGCCAGAACGACCAAGUCAUCCACUGAUCAUCGCUCGGAAGUUCCCGACUACUAA